UUUCACUGCAAUUCCAGCAAUGGAAAGAACGAUCCGAACGCUUUCCACCUCACCCUCUCUCCUCCCUCGCGUCAAGCUCCUCCUUUCGCGCCGCUUCUCCCUCUCGUCCUCUCCGCAGCCCACGCCGGACCCCCCAGACUUGUCGCCCGCCUCCGUCUGCGGCGCCCUCUCCGGCUACGCCAAUGACUGGAGGAAAGCCCUCGACUUCUUCAACUGGGCCGAGCAGCAGUGCCGCUUCCGGCACACCACCGAUACCUACAACCGCAUGAUCGACAUUUUGGGUAAGGUCUUCGAGUUCGACCUCUCUUGGAGCUUGAUUGACCGAAUGCGGGACGACCCGCUCUCGUUCCCGGACCACGUCACGUUCCGGAUCAUGUUCAAGCGGUACGUGAGUGCCCAUCUGGUCGAUGAAGCAUCCAGGACGUACGAUAGGCUCGAUGAGUUCGGUCUGAAGGACGAGACCGGUUAUUACAAUUUCGUAGACGCGUUGUGCGAGUACAAGCAUGUGAUGGAAGCUCACGAGCUCUGUUUCGGCAAGGACAAGAAGGCGGAGUUGGGCUUCGAUGUCGAUGACACAAAGAUCUGUAACAUGAUUCUUCGCGGGUGGUUCAAGAUGGGGUGGUGGAGUAAGUGCGGGGAAUUCUGGGAAGAGAUGGAUAAGAAGGGCAUUAAGAAGGACUUGCACUCGUACUCGAUUUACAUGGACAUCGAGUGCAAGAGAAGGAAGCCGUGGAAGGCGGUAAAGCUGUACAAGGAGAUGAAGAGGAAGGGGAUUAAGCUUGAUGUCGUGGCAUAUAACACCGUUGUUCGCGCCGUCGGGCUCUCGGAAGGCGUGGACUUCGCAAUUCGUUUGUGUAGGGAGAUGAGAGAAUUGGGUUGUGAGCCCAAUGUGGUGACAAACAACACCAUCAUCAAGCUCUUGUGCGACAAUGGCAGGGUCCGGGAUGCGCAUAAACUGCUCGACGAAAUGCGCAAGGGCGGUUGUAAACCAAAUGUGGUUACUUAUAACUGCCUGUUUGGUUCGUUGGAGAAGCCUAGAGAGAUACUGAGAUUAUUUUAUAGGAUGAUUGGGACCGGAGUCGACCCUAGGAUGGACACGUAUGUGAUGCUCAUGAGGAAGUUUGGGAGGUGGGGAUUUCUCAGGCCUGUCUUGAUGUUAUGGAAUAAGAUGGAAGAACUAGGAGCUAGUCCUGAUGAAUCUGCGUACAAUGCCUUGAUCGAUGCUUUGGUGGACAAAGGCAUGAUAGAUAUGGCUCGAAGGUACGACGAGGAGAUGCUUGCCAAAGGUCUUUCCCCCAAGCCUAGGGUAGAGCUGGCGCCAAAAUCAGAGGAAGGUUCUCGAUAGCCGAAACUUACAAGCUGCCAUGCUAAACACAGGUUACCUGGAGCGUGGAUUGCUCCACAAGUGGAACCAAAACGGUAGCAUGGAAUGUCACUCGCAAAAAAUGCGAUAAGUGCAGCUACUGUGCUUCAAGAACAACGGUAACAUCUCCACAGCGGAUACCAUGUUGAUCCACCGAUUGAAAUCUGCUAGUUUUGCGCCUUGGAUGAUGGUCCGGUCAUGAUACACACAGGCAAGCAUGAUCAAGAGUCAGGUCUCCUCCUGAAGUUCUGCCCGGGGAGAGAGCUCAAACACUAAAGAUGGGCUCAAGAUUUAGAAGAACAAACAAUUUCCUUUGAAGCAGUUUUUCUUGAAAGUUUGAUGAUGCUCGUUCUUUUUUCAACUUCUUCUUUUAGUUGAGUAUCUUCAGGUAAAGGAAUUCAUAUCAUGCUGAAGAGCAGAAGCAUCGAAUUGUCCAGAUUUCCCUCAAGGUCAAUGUGCGCUGCUUCAUCGAUACAAGAGUUAAGAGACUGGGAACGUUGGGAUGGGCAGUUGAUUCAGAAAGUAGUUCUGUCCUCGGGGUCGCAGCUACAUUUUUUUAACUGUUAUUGAAAUGACAAAGCAAGAAUUUGGUAUACUAAUGUGAAUGUGAUGGUACUAUUUUUUUGUCGAGUAUGUGAACUUUGGAGAAGUGGAUGCAUGGCAUGAGGUGGUGGAUUUGCAUAACAGUUCAUGCAAGCCCAUCGGAUCUAAUAGUGAAUCAAAUUUGGUAGAUUGUCUUAG